AUGUUUUCAGUGUCGGCAGACACGACACCUGAUGUUGCAAACCAAGACAGAAUGAUUGUUGCUGCAAGAUAUGUUGCUUCAGACAAAUCUAGUCAAAUUAAUGUUGAUGAUUUGUGCUUUCAGACCUAUGAUUUUGCUUCUUCAAUGUCUGAAAGAAUAAGAGGUACCCAGAAAGUCUUACAGGACUUACUAGAGCGACUGGUACCCUACUUACCAUGCCAGGCCCUUAGAUCAAAUACUUUUAAUGAGCACAGUGCUAAGGCGAGCCUGCUCGUCACUUCCAUGUAUGCAUUACUUGAAGAAAUAUAUGUAUUCUUCAAUGCAAGUUGCAAAAGGAAUGCAAUAUUUAUGGAUGCAAUCCAAGACGUAGAAAAUUGUCUUAAGCUCAGGAACCUAUCGAAAACACGUUGGGUUUACGGUUCAGAAUCAAUUGAAGCUGUCUGGAGAAGUUUAAACUCUAUUGCUCCAGCUAUCGACAAGAUAAUUACUGAUACUCAUUGA